CCCCUAGCUGCUACAGUCCACGUCCCUCCUCUUUUUCUCUCUCUAGCUUUUUUAUUUUUAUUUUUAAUUUAAUUUUAUUCUUUUCUUUUCCUUUCUCCUACCGACAAUUAUGAGCUCUGAAUAAUGAACAGGAAAACUUUAUGCAAAUCGCAGAGCUGAAAAUUCGUCGAAAUUCCUUCUCCCAUUUUUCCUUUUGAUUGCUGGCUCGGAUUUCGUUUCCAUGGCCGACGAUAAGGAGAUGUCUGUUCCUGUAAUGGAUAGGAAAGAUGCAGUCACUGGUCACAUAAUUUCAACAACUAUUGGGGGAAAGAAUGGAGAACCUAAGCAGACGGUUACUUACAUGGCUGAACGAGUUGUAGGGACUGGUUCAUUUGGAAUCGUGUUUCAGGCGAAAUGCAUUGAAACUGGAGAAACGGUGGCUAUAAAAAAGGUUUUGCAAGACAGGAGAUACAAAAACCGUGAACUAGAGUUAAUGAGGACGAUGGAUCAUUCUAAUGUUGUUUCCUUGAAACACUGUUUCUAUUCGACUACAAGCCAAAACGAGCUUUUUCUCAAUUUGAUUAUGGAAUAUGUGCCAGAAACCAUUUUUCGCGUUCUGAAGCAUUAUAGUGACUUGAACCAUAAAAUGCCACUGAUUUACGUGAAACUUUACACUUAUCAAAUUUUCAGAGGGUUGGCUUACAUGCAUUCUGUUGCGGGUGUGUGCCACAGAGAUUUGAAGCCUCAAAAUGUUUUGGUUGAUCCUCUUACUCAUCAGGUUAAGAUAUGCGAUUUUGGAAGUGCAAAAGUAUUAGUGCAAGGUGAAGCAAACAUAUCAUACAUAUGCUCACGAUUUUAUCGGGCUCCUGAACUAAUAUUUGGUGCAACUGAAUACACUACUUCAAUUGAUAUUUGGUCGGCUGGUUGUAUACUUGCUGAGCUUCUUCUUGGCCAACCGUUGUUUCCUGGGGAAAAUGCUGUGGGUCAGCUUGUUGAGAUCAUCAAGGUUCUUGGAACUCCAACACGGGAGGAAAUCCGUUGCAUGAAUCCGAACUAUACGGAUUUUAGGUUUCCACAAAUCAAGGCACACCCUUGGCAUAAGGUUUUUCAAAAACGAAUGCCUGCAGAAGCAAUUGAUCUUGCCUCCAGGUUACUGCAAUACUCUCCGAAUCUCCGCUGUACUGCUCUGGAAGCAUGUGCACAUUCUUUCUUUGACGAGCUUCGAGAACCUAAUGCUCGAUUACCAAAUGGCCGCCCAUUGCCACCUCUUUUCAACUUCAAACAAGAGUUAUCCGGUGCUUCUCCGGAACUGAUUAACAAGUUGAUACCCGACCAUGUGAAAAGGCAAAUGGGCCUGCAGUUUUUCCCUUCAUACGAAGGCACAACGUGAAAUUGAGUAAUUCUUCUUGAUGGGUUAAACAAAUACAAAACCUCUAUUUGAGUGUUUAGCUGAAGAAUCGGUUUUUCUUCAGCUACGAAGAUAAUGAGAAAGCCUCUACAAAAUGCAGCUCUGGAUUUUUAUUUUUCUCUUAUUUUUUUCUCCGUUUUUUUUUUCCUCUCGGGGCGGCAUAUAUAUCUGGGAAGGGGAAUAUCCUAUUUGUGUAUAUUUUUUGGGUUACUGACCGGAAAAAGCUUGCAACGGGUGAGAUAUGGAGUUUGUGUUGUAUGAUUGGAUAAAUGUAUCAGAGAUCUACCGAAGGUGAAAAUGGCAAACGUGGGUUCGUGUUUUUUUUUUUUUUAUUUUUUUUUAUUCCUGCCCCGAUUUUGACAUGCUUUUGCUUAUACUUGUUACAGCUGUUAAUUUUCAUGUUGUGUAACUUCACGAAAUUGUUUGCUAUUA